AAUGAGGUUUAACGGUGCUGAAGCUGUUCUUGUUCUUUAAAAAGUAAGGAUUAGAAUAAAAUUACAGUAAAGAUUUGCAAAUUUAAAUGAAGAUGCAUAAGAAAUUAAGUAGUUACUUUUAAGUUUUACAUAAAAGUCUGACGAAAAAAGUAAUUCUUUCGUGGCACUGAAAUUUAAAGUUUAUUUAAUUUUGGAUACAUCUUUAAGUAAUAAAAAAAUCUUAAUUUUUAUUUAACUUAAUACCUAUAAGAUAGUUCAAUGAAAGCUUAAUCGCAAAAAUCAAGAAUUAAAUGCUAUACAUUUCGUUGAAUGUGAAUAAAGAUAUAUAAUAAAUUUUUAGUAAUAACAAAAUUAGUAAAACAAAAUUUUUAGUAAUAUAAAAUUUUUUUAAAACUUUUAUUAAAAUGAUUAGUAAUCAGCCUUAUACACUCGCAAAUGUUUCUAUAUAAAGACAAAUAUGUAAAAAAAAAAAGAAAUAGAUAUCAUAUUGUUCCUAUUAUAUCAUAAUAUAUUAUACACACAUGCACGUGACACAUUUUUAUAUAUUGUUUAGAUUAAAGAACCUCUUUUUGCUUAAUUAAAUUUUAAUGGGUAUGAUUAAAUUUUUUUCAAAAAUACCUAGAAACUUGAAGAAUAAUUUUUACGUUAUAACAUAUCACACAAAUGUGUGAUUCUUCCUCAUAUAAAAAUAUACACUUAAUAAAUUUUAAUAAAUUAACAUAUUAAAAUUUAAUAAAUAUGUUAUAUUGAAAUACAAAAUGAGGUACCAAAUUUCACUUCAAUACAUUGAUUCUAUUUCAGUGAUCUUCAUCAACUGUAUGUUUCGCUGAGAGAUGCUGUUCAUAAACUAAAACGGCUGUCUCAUUUAGUUUUUGCAGAACCUUUGAACUUUGUUUCACCAUUCGUUGUCUUUUUACGUUGCUAUAACAAUGCAUCAUUACCGAUGCACCGUACUGUCGCGACGUCCAUUUUUUGCAUUAUUACAGAGUUCUCUUAAUAGUUGAGUUUCGUAAAAUCCAAAAAAAGCUAUGGUGAACACGACGUUGGAGAGAUGACGUGAAUUAAUAAUGAAAGGGAAUAUGAAGAACAUUUCAUGAAUUAUAAAUAUGAGGAAUAUAAGAAUUAUUUCAUUCGGUUAGGAAUUUAUAAAUUUUUGAUUAGCAACGAACGAUUACAUGACAGACACAUUGUGAUAUUUAUGUGCGAUCCUCUACUUUGCAUAUUAGUAUAUUAGAGCUUUGCCGUAGGGUGUGCAAUUAUUAUCCUUUCAAAAACCAAGAAUAAUUGAUAAAAGAAAACAAAAGAAAUACGUCAGUCUUCAUGUAGUAUCGGACAUGAACAGCUCUAAAUAUUAUGAAUAUGCAGGUCGAUUGUUUUCUUGUGAAAUCGCAUUUCAAUUUGCAAAUACCCUAAGUUAAAUUUAGAAAAUUUUAACUUUGUUAUUACACUUUGUUAUGUAUUGUUGUAUUACACUUUGAAAAAAAACGGAGUGAAAAGAUAUUUUCUUUGUUUUUUAAUUAUUCGUUACAUGUGAUUGAAAAAUUAAAUGUGAAUUCAGAGGUGUGAGUCAGAGUGCAAUUAGCGAAAGGCACUUCUGAAAAGUGAAUAUUUGUAUAAGAUCACAGGUUCACGCACGUCUGUAUAUUACAUUUCGGAUUUUUACAUAUUUUAGAAAGUGACAAAAAUGAAUUUAAUAUAACAGUGUCAAGUAGGAGUUAUAUUUAUAAAUAUUCAUUAAAGAUAUAACUAUGUAAUCUAAUAUGAUAACUAUGUAGAUUUAGAAUGGGCCAUCGGGAUAAAUCGGUUUACCCUGCAAUGUGUCGGGCUAUGGCCUGACGAGAAAUUAAGCAGUAGACAGAAAUUCUUGGCGAACGUACGAGCUUUUGUCAUUUUCACUACAUUGGUUACUGUGUCGAUUAUACCAUCGAUAUUUUCGCUGACGAGGGUCUGGGACGAUAUGAUAGCAAUAAUAGACAACUUGCAAAUCCUGUUACCUAUCUCAGCCACUGCCAUGAAAAUCAUCAUUAUGUGGCUUCGAAAAGAAGAUCUCACCUUGGUGGUAAGCAUGGUGAUAGCAGAUUGGAUCAAGAAGAAGACAGAAGAGGAGCGCGAUACCAUGAUGAAGCAGGCAAGAAUUGCAAGAAGGCUCGUACAGUUAGGAUGCAUUAUAAUGGUUUCAGCGAUUGUCAUUAUUAUCAUCCCACCGUGCUUCGGCUAUUCCAUGAGAUAUUUGACAAACGUCACGGAUCCGGGGAAGCCGUUGCUGCUGCAAACUUAUUAUUUUCAAGACACGACCCAGAGCCCAUAUUUUGAAAUCGCUUUCGUUGCGCAAGCUGCAGCCGUCGUAAUGGCCGCGUUCUCUUAUACGGGGAUCGACAACUUUUUGGGUCUGAUUGUCUUUCACAUAUGUGCCCAGAUGGAAAUUCUCAAGGAGCGAUUUCUCAGUCUGAAAGAAUACAAAGAUUUUAAUAUCGGCCUGUCGACAAAUGUUCAGAAUCACCUGCGUCUUAUCAGGUCCAUCGAUAUCAUCGAAAGUACAUUCAACUUGAUGCUCCUGGCAUUGGUAGUAUAUUUCGGAAUAAUAUUUUGUCUUCAAGGCUUUCUGAUAAUUAGCAUCAUUGAUGAUGGUGGCAAUGUCUCUUUUCCGCGAAUAUGUUGGCUCGUUUCGGUAGUCAUUAAUACGUUCGUUCAUAUGUUGCUUUACUGCGUAGUCGGUGAAAUUCUCAUUUCUAAGUGUGAAAGCAUAUAUCAUGCGGUGUACGACUUUGCAUGGUACACACUGAAACCGAAUGAAGCCAAGAAUCUGAUGUUGAUAAUGAUUCGUGCUGAUAAACCUCUUUACAUCACUGCAGGGAAAAUGUUUCCAAUGACAUUAUCUACGUUCUGUAGUCUGAUCAAAACGUCUGCCGGAUAUAUAUCGGUACUACUCGCGAAUCGUUGAUAUUUAGAUAUUGAUCAGGGCAGUUUUCGAUGGAAUCUGAUUUUUUGCAAUAUAAUAACGAAAUAUUGAGAAACACUCAAUCGAUGCGUCACACAAUUCAUUUUUCCACGUGAAUAAAGUAAAAUCGUUGAAGAGAAAUUUUGUUCAUAUCUAUAAUCAACUAAUAAAUAAUUGUACCCGCAUUAAAAA